AUGAGUACAACUAAUAAGAAUUCAUUUAACCAAUCCGUAGAUAACCAAGAAAAUAAUACUAUACCUUCAGAUGGACCUAGCGCAGGCCUUCCAGAACAGUUGAUAACUCAAAAUCAAGAUUGGCUGCUUUCAUCCAUUGCGAAUUUCACAUGGAUCAUAAUGUACUUCUUUAUGGGCACUACGAUGUCCUUGAUGAGGGCUAUAUGGUACAUGAUAACAAUUGUCAUAUUGAGAAGUUCCACCUGGAUCUUAUUUUCCACAAACAAACUUCAAUUCACAGUCUCUUUGAGUGUCUUCAUCGUCAUGUCCGCCAUCAUAGUUUAUAUCACAUAUUGUGUUGUAAGAGCAAGAAUCUUAUCUCAAUAUAAGAAAUUGACUCCAGAUAAUGACGAUUUUGUAAUGAAUCAAAAUAAUAUUCAUUCAGGGCUGAGUGACUCUGCCACACAAAGAGAUCAUAUGCAUUACAAAAAUGAGAGAAAAUCAAGUAACCAAGAGGAUGAUACCUUUUUAUCGUCGUAUCUGGACCAAUUUUUAAGUGCCAUCAAGAUAUUCGGUUAUCUGGAAAAACCUGUCUUUCAUGAUUUAACCAAGAAUAUGAAGACUCAAAAAUUAGAUGAAGGCGAGAUAUUAUUACUCGAUAAUUCUAUUGGGUUUGCCAUAGUUGUUGAGGGGACUUUACAAGUUUACCAUGAAGUGGAGGAAAAGUCAAGUGAACCUAUGGUGAUGGACACCACUAAUCAUGUAGGUUUCAUGUCUUCUUCAGAAACCAACGCAAAGGGCGAUGAUGGUCUUUCGAAUUCACAAGUAAUCUCUGAUACUGCUGACGACAGCUCUAUCGAAACAGAUGGUGAUGAUGACGACGAUGACGAUGACGAUGACGAUAGUGAUGAAGAAUUAGGAUAUAUUCGUUUGAAAAAUGGGUUGGGCAGGUUUCAGUUGCUGAAUACGGUGAAACCUGGUAAUCCUGUAUCAUCUCUAGUAAACAUUUUAAAUUUAUUCACCACUGCAGCCAACAAUGACUUAUUUAAUGCUAAUAUUAUCAAGAAGAAUAGAGGAGAUUCAAAUGAACUGAAUCUUACUUUGAGAAAAUUCAUUAUAGAUGCAGACAAAAACGAUAAUAAUAUUCCCUUCGAUGCCACUCCACCACCUCCACUUUUAUCUCAACAAUCACCUAGUUUAUCACCUUCAAAUAACAACUUACCAGAUGUAUCGUUAUCUGAUUCCAUGCCUAAAGUUGUUGGUGUUGCGGCAACAGACUGUACAAUUGCUAUAAUCCCACCUCAGGCAUUCGCCAAGUUGACUGCAAAAUACCCUAGAUCUGCAUCGCAUAUUAUACAAAUGAUUUUAACCAAACUUUAUAAUGUGACAUUACAAACAGCACAUAAUUAUCUUGGGUUGACAAAGGAGAUUAUGAACAUUGAGUUGACUUUAAAUAAAUCUGUCAAUUAUGAAAUUCCCUAUUAUUUGAAGGAAGCCGUAAUGAGAAAGUUUUCCAACAAAGAUAAACCCAUUGUAAAUGAAAGAAAGUCGUAUGAAACAUCAAUGCCAAAUUUUGAAAAGAGACCUUCAAGUUUUGACAUUCCAUCAUCACCCACCUCCAAACAAUCAUCCAACUUGAAUUUGAAAUCACCUGUAGCUUCGAAAUCUAAUCGUAAUUCGAUUAUAUUAGGAUCACGACAUGUGGUGCUAGACUCAAGAGACCAUUUUAAUCCUGGAGAUUUAUUAUCAAAUGUACCAUUAUCUAGAAAGGAAACAAUGAAUGAAAUUUCAACUCGUAGAAGGAAAUCUCCAUUACAAAAGUCAAGCCACCAUGCAUUAUCUGCUGCAUUUAUUGAAAAAGAAGUCCCAAAGCGCCCAAAUCUUAAAAAUAAAGAUACUUCCACAGAUUUCAGGGAAAUUAGAAAGCAGACCAAUAAUAUUAUAGAUAGAUCAUUUUCUUCUAUUCAAGAAGAAACGGAAGAAUCAGCUGUAAGGAUGGCUAUUGUUGAAGCUCUAUUUGGUUUCUUAGGAAUUAACAAAGAUAAUAUGUCCUUAUACCAGACAAACACUAACCAAAGUAACGGAAAUUUUCCCAAUACCCAUCGUUCAUCUGAAAUAUCACUAGUUACUUCAUUCGAGUCCUCAUCUACGCCUCGAACAACAUUAAGAAUUUUGCCUAGUCAUUAUACCAUUCAAACAAAGAAACAAAUGAAGAAGAAUAAAAAUAAAAAAACUUACAAGGAAGAAGUUUUUUCGAAUCUCGAUUUUGAAUCAGCCAAGAGCUCCUUCAUGCAAGGCAUAAAAUUACAGUUUUUUAAACAAGGUACUCGGAUUGUGGAACAAAAUUCCAAUGGGAAGGGUAUGUUCUAUGUCAUAGCAGGGAAAAUCGAUGUAACAACAACCAAUGAAGAUGAACUCCAAGUACUUUCCUCAGGGUCGAAGCAGAAAAAACAACUAGAACAUCAUUUGUUCACAGUUUCAAACGGUGGAAUCGCUGGAUAUCUAUCAUCUGUAAUUGGAUAUAAGUCCUUCGUAAAUUUGAAUGCCCGUACCGAUGUCUAUGUUGGAUUUUUGCCAAACGAUACACUGGAAAAUUUAUGUGACAAGUAUUUUUUGAUAUACUUGAGAAUUGCUGAAACAUUAACUAGUAUGCUGUCCACGAAGUUGCUGAAAUUAGACCAUGCGCUUGAAUGGAUUCAUUUGACUGCUUCUGAAACACUCUUCAAACAAGGGGAUCCUGCAAACGGUAUUUAUGUGGUUUUGAAUGGUAGACUAAGACAAUUACAAGACCAUCGUCAUGAAAAUAAUGAUAUAAACAAAACUAUCAAAAGGCAGCAAGAGGGGCAAGGCUCUGUACGGAAUGACGACGAGACUUACGAAGUUAUCCUUGGAGAACAUGCCCAAGGAGAAAGUUUUGGAGAAGUUGAAGUCUUAACAGCAAUGGAUAGAAUAUCCACCAUCGUUGCAGUAAGAGAUUCUGAGCUGGUACGUAUUCCUAGAACCUUAUUUGAACUUUUGGCACUAGAACAUCCAUCCAUCAUGAUCCGUGUUUCAAGGUUGGUUGCAAGAAAGAUAUUGAGUAACAAUUCUUCAGAAGUGAACCAAAAUCCAUUAGCAUCCACCAGCAAAUUUAAUUUAACAAUUCCAACAGCUAAUAGUCUCAUCACAUCAAAUUCAUACAAUGGUAAACAGAAUACGACAUCUGGAUCUAUAACUUUCAGAACAAUUACAAUUCUACCAAUCAGGGAGGGAUUACCUGUUGAGUUAUUCGCCAUGAAGUUGGUACAAGCUUUUAAGCAAGUAGGUCGGACUACCAUUGGUUUGAAUCAAAGAACUACAUUAACACAUCUUGGUCGUCAUGCCUUCGAUAGAUUGGCAAAGUUGAAGCAGAGUGGUUACUUUGCAGAACUGGAGGAGAUGUUUCAAACAGUUGUUUAUAUAGCAGACACACCAAGCCAAUCGAGUUGGACCAAAACCUGUAUUGCGCAAGGGGAUUGUAUUCUUUUGCUAGCAGAUGCUAAUUCCUCCCCAGAUAUUGGGGAAUUUGAGAAUCUUGUUUUAAAAUCAAAAACAACUGCAAGAACCGGAUUGAUUCUACUCCACCCAGAACGUUAUGUUGAACCAGGACUUACUCAAAAAUGGUUAAGAUACAGACCUUGGGUUCACUCACACCACCAUAUUCAAAUGGCUGUUAAUUCAUUGGAAAGCAUUUCUGUACUCAAGACAUCUGGCCUUAAUGGAGGAGCAUUAGCUUUAAUGGAUAAAUUAAUUCAAACAGAAUUCAGUCGGAAAACGCAGCAAAAUAUAUCGAGAUUACUUCCUGACUCCAUAAAAAGUAAGGUCGAAAACUUUUCUGGCCGUUUUAUGAGGAGGAGGAAUAAACAGUUCUACACACCAACUCAUAUGCACAAGAAUGAUUUUUUACGAUUAGCUAGAAUUUUAUCAGGUCAAGCUAUUGGUUUAGUUCUUGGAGGUGGAGGUGCAAGAGGUCUUAGUCACCUUGGGAUGAUACAAGCCAUUGAAGAGCAAGGUAUUCCUAUUGAUAUGAUUGGUGGAACUUCGAUGGGUUCGUUUGUUGGUGGCUUGUAUGCAAAAGACUAUGAUUUAGUUCCAAUAUAUGGCCGUGUUAAAAAGUUUGCCGGCAGACUUUCUUCAAUUUGGAGAACCCUUUCUGAUCUAACCUGGCCCGUAACUUCAUACACCACUGGGCAUGAAUUUAAUCGUGGUAUCUGGAAAACAUUUGGGGAGACGAGAAUUGAAGAUUUCUGGAUUCAAUAUUAUUGUAAUUCAACUAAUAUCACAGAUUCAGUGCAAGAGAUCCAUUCAUUCGGUUACGCUUGGAGAUACAUUAGGGCGUCGAUGUCCCUUGCUGGUUUGUUACCUCCACUUGAAGAAAAUGGUUCUAUGUUAUUAGAUGGUGGUUAUCUGGAUAAUUUACCUGUUUCAGAAAUGAAAUUACGUGGAUGUAAUACAAUUUUUGCUGUAGAUGUCGGUUCCGUUGAUGAUAGAACUCCGAUGAAAUAUGGUGAUUCACUAAAUGGAUUCUGGAUCGUUUUUAAUAGAUGGAAUCCUUUUUCAACCCAUCCCAAUAUCCCCAACAUGGCUGAAAUUCAAGUCAGAUUGGGUUAUGUAGCCUCAGUAAAUGCCUUGGAAAACGCAAAGAAUACACCUGGAGUGAUAUACAUAAGACCACCAAUUGAUAAUUAUGCCACCCUAGAUUUUGGAAAAUUUGAAGAGAUUUACGGCGUUGGUGUAGACUAUGGUAGGGUAUUCUUUCAGGAACUAGAAACCGAGGGGAACAUGCCCAAGUUACCAGGUUGUCAGAAUGAUUACUUUGACACAAAGGUAUCUGAAUUACUAUUGCAUAGAAGGAAUAGUAUUUGA